GAUCCGCGGACUUGAAUGUACGUGUGUACAUUGCUGACAUAUUCCCACGAGAGUGAAACUUCGUAGAAUUGCUAACGUGAUUUGUGAAGACUUAAGUGUUGGGAAUGCAGUAUUGGUCUAUAAUUUAUUUAAAUAGGUGUCCGACGCGUCCUAGCUAAAAGAGUCCUGAAUUAUUCAUCGGAAUAUUUACUGAGACCGGGACCACUCGUGCGUAUUACUACACAUUACAGCGCUGUCUUAGUUCUUUGACUUAUAACAACAUUAUAAAGCAAUGCUUUGUGAAGCCCUGUAUUCUAAAACGUUUAUGAAUAAAUGAACAUUACACACUGAAUCGUAAAAAAUUACGACAAAAUCUAUGAAUAUAUGCUGGGAAGUACCUACUGACUUGUAAUUUCAAAUCUAAAUUAAUCUUGCAAUAAUGAAUUGUUGAAACAAUACUAUAUAAGAUUAAAUAUAAAAUACAUCAAAUCUCUUUACAUAUAGGUUAUCAGUUAUUUAAUAUUUAUUUAGUUAUUUAUAAUGUUAUUGUACCUAAAAUAUUAUUAAACUUAACACGAUGAAAAGAAGCUGGAAAAAUCAACAAUAGAUAAGGAAUCUUCUACUGGAACUUAGAAAAUUAUAAAAGUAACUGGACAUACAGAUACAUAUUGGAUUAUGUGGAUACUUAUAAGGUUAUUAUAUCAACAGCAACAGUUAAGUAAGAGCUACAAAUAUUAAUGAAUCAAAGACAAUUUGUCAUUUGAUGGGGUUGUUAAAAGUAAUGUAGGAAAUAAAGUGCAAAGUAAUUUCGAUAAUGUGGCAACAAGAGACAAAAGUAAAAAAUUGGAUAAUGAAGUUAGUGAUAAAAAACAUCAUAUUAAUUGUGAUAUCAGCAGUGAUUGUAUCUGGAACCGGCGAGUGGAGUGAAGAUGCUGAAGAUUUAGUGUCAACAGUUGAGGUGGAUGCAGUACUGGGUCGCACGGCAUCUCUGCCGUGUGACCUCACGCCAGAUACCAACGAGGACAGGGUUUAUAUGGUACUUUGGUUUAGAAAAAGCGGUGGUAAACCAAUUUAUAGCUUUGAUGUGAGGGGCAGAUCAUUCAAUAAAGCCCUUCAAUGGUCAGAUCCUGGUGCUUUUGGACCUCGAGCAUAUUUUGUGACAGUAGCACGACCUGCAGCUCUAACUUUGAGUUCCGUUCAAUUGGACGAUGAAGGCACCUACCGGUGUAGAGUUGACUUUAAAAAUUCUCCCACGAGGAAUUUUCAAAUACGACUCAUCGUCAUAGUACCGCCGCACCAAAUGUUGUUGUAUGAUAAAUCUGGCGGUGACAUUUCUGGCGUGUUCGGGCCCGUGGAAGAAGGAUCAGCUCUUGUACUUAUCUGUGAAGUUCGUGGAGGAAAACCAGAACCAGUAGUAUCUUGGCUGAUAGACGGUACUCCAGCAACACAGUAUAUUGGCGAAAAGACAGACACACACGUGGUUGUAAAUAGAUUGGAGCUUCAGCACGUGAGGAGAGGAGACCUAAAUAAAACUUUUAAAUGUAGAGCAGGCAACACACAUCUUGUGCCCCCACAAGAGAAAGCGGUUAGGCUGGAGAUGAAUUUGGCACCACUGUCGGUAUCACUUUUAAACCGGCCACAGAAAUUGCUAGCGGGUGCAACGACAACGUUACGUUGUGUGGCGGAAGGCAGUCGCCCGCCAGCAGAAGUAACUUGGUACAAGGAUAACAGAAGCUUCGAGAAGAAUGAAGUUAGUGAUCAUUCAAAUGAAACAUGGACAGUCAGUACACUAGUAUUCACUCCCACGCCGGAAGAUCACGGCUUGAUCGUGAAAUGUGUGGCUGUAAAUGUUGCGCUUCCCAGCAAAUCGAUUGACGACCAACUUAAACUGAAUGUUGUAUACAGCCCUUUGGUGUCUUUGACACUCGGCAGCACACUAAAUCCUCAUGACAUCAAGGAGGGCGAUGAUGUAUACUUUGAAUGUAAUGUAAAAGCAAACCCGCGGGAGCAUAGAAUAACAUGGUAUCACAAUGACAGACAGGUGACACAGAACAUGACAUCUGGUAUAAUCCUGAGCACCCGUUCGCUGGUUUUACAAAGAGUGACGCGACGGGAAGCCGGCCAAUAUUCAUGCAGGGCUGCGAAUGCGAGGGGGGAAACUUCUAGCGAGACAGUGUUACUAAGGGUGCAAUAUGCACCUGUCUGUGGGAUGUCAUCACCUAGGGUGGUUGGAGCUGCUUUGGAUGAGUCUCUUCAAGUCCGUUGUUCUGUGAAUGCCGACCCAGCUGAUGUCGUAUUCCUUUGGCAAUUUAACAAUAGUGGAGAGAGUUUCAAUGUAUCACCGGCAAGAUAUGGUACGUUGAAUGGCAGCACCAGCGAAUUAAGGUACACACCCGCGAGCGAAAGAGACUACGGCGCCCUCACGUGUCGAGGAACAAACAGUGUCGGUCAACAGGCACAGCCUUGUGUCUUUCAGAUUGUACCGGCAGCAAGACCAUCUCCACCAAGAAACUGUACAGUUUCAACUGGAAACAAUUCAAAUUGGAUCGAAGACUCUAUUGAAGAAGCUAUUGACUAUCUUGUUGUCAAAUGUGUCGCGGGAUACGAUGGGGGUCUACCACAACUUGUCGUUUUGGAAGCUUUGGACUCUCAUUCUGGCGUUUUAAGGUUGAAUAUUACUGCUAAUGAGACGAACGGAGUUGUAGUAUUCCUAGUGCCACUUGAGGUACUAUGGUCGGGAGGGAAAGCGUUGCGCCUCACCGUUCAUUCUAAAAACGACAAAGGAGCCUCAGAUCGAAUUGUAAUUCAAGCCCUGUCUUAUCAAGACCCGGAGCGACGGACAGAUGGAAGCCAAAGCUUGAUGUCGGGUAUGUCUAGCACAGCGUUUUGGACUAUCAUCUUGACAAUUUUAUUUUGUACCAGCUGUGCUUUAGUUACAAUUUUGUUUAUCAGGAAGAAGAGGGCUCGAGCAACGUCUAAGCAACAAACGCAGGAACUUCAACUUAACUCUGAUGGCAGACAAUAUGUGGUAGCAUAUACGUUAAAACCACCCAAACAGGCGCAACCAGAUAUUCUUAACCCACAACCUGAUGGGAACUCUUUAGAUUGUGGAGUGGACGCUGUCAAAAAUGGGACUUUUCAUACAAGUGAGAGCGAUUCGCGAGAGCAAGCGAGUAUAUCCGACAAAAUGUCGACAUCCUCGAGCACAAUGGCAAACAAACUAGUAACUAUAAGUACCUCAACGCUCAGCAGACGAGAACAUCUCAUUGCUGAGGAAAUACCAGGUCCAGAGAGUUGUGUAUAAUGUUAUAAAAUAAUUAGGCAAAUUUGUAAUUUUUUGUUAUUAUAUUUAUUGACUGUGAAAAUUGUGAUAAACUAACUGUAAAUAUUAUAAAUAAAGAGGAAAAUAAAUCAAGUUUAAUUAAGAAA